AUGUCUGAGCCAGCAGAUGAAGGCUCAACCCUGCAGCGUGAGGGUCCUUGGCUAGAGGAAGUGGAGGAGCGGGAAUCUUAUCUGCAGGGGACCGCCGCAAGGCCCACGCCACAUGGGUCGAACCGAAGCGCACUGUCCGAGCGACCUGCAAACGCACUGGACUUUCUCCCUCUGAAGUGCGACGCGUGCGAGCAGAUAUUCUGCACCGACCACAUCACCUACACCCAGCACCAGUGUACUUCUGCCUACAAGAAGGAUGUGCAGGUCCCCGUGUGCCCCCUCUGCAGCAUCCCCAUCCCUGUCCAAAAGGGGCAGAUGCCUGAUGUGGUGGUGGGGCAGCACAUCGACCGAGACUGCAAAUCGGACCCGGCCCAGCGCAAGCGCAAGAUUUUCACCAAUAAGUGUCUGAAGCCCGGCUGCAAGCAGAGGGAGAUGAUGAAGGUGAUCUGCGACCAGUGCCACGGGAACUUCUGCCUCAAGCACCGGCACCCCCUGGAUCACGACUGCAAUGGGGCGGGGCGCCCCCUCUCCAGAGCCGGACAUGCUGCGGUCGCAAGAGCCCAACCAUCCUCCUCUGUGGCAGCUGGGACAUCGAGCAGAGGAGUUUCCAGGCCGGCAGCCGGCCCCCCUACUCCAGCCCCAAGCAGAGGCGGCGUGAUGGCGACACCGCAGCCCAGCAGCACCUCGCCCCCAGCUGUUGCACUGCAGAAUGGACUGAGCGAAGAGGAGGCGCUGCAGCGAGCCCUGGAGAUGUCCCUGGCAGAAUCGGCGCCUGGCUUGGCACGAGCGCUCAGCAGUGCGCAGGAGGAGGAGGACCUGGCCCUGGCGCGGGCGCUAGCCGCGAGCGAGGAGGAGUACCAGAGGCGGCAGCAGCAGCAGGCCCAGAGCCGGAGUUCGAGGCCAUCAGACUGCAGCAUGUUCUAGGCUAGGAGCACCACAAUGCCUAGGGCCUCUCUGCAGUGCCGCCGGGUACCAUCACCCAGCUCUGCCAGGCCCUGCCCGAGCGCCACCUGCAGAGGGCCAGCGGGGGCUUCUCCUGCCCAAAGGCUGCUGCUCCUGCUCCCUGAACAGUAGACUGGAGCUGAACAGCGAGCUCCCGCCGUCGCUUUGAGCUGCACGGGGCCACCCCAUUCUCCCAGCCCAGAGCCGGCUGCAGCUGCAUGGGAGGUGCGACCUGCAGCCGCCAGCAGGCUGGCCUUAGCCGGGGAGGAGGAGCAGUGGCAGCAGCGUUGGGAUCAAGGGUGGGUGUUGUGCCUCGGUCCCUCACCCCCCUGGCACAGUGCCGCAAGUAGGGUGUACUGGGGGGGUGCCCCUGGCCUGGAGGUGGAGUGUUCCAGCCGGGGUGUCCGACCCCAAUACCUUCGCUCUAACCUGGGCUGGGUCAUGUCCAGCCCCCUGCCCCACACACUACACAGGGGUGAGGGCAGCCCCCCAGCUCAGCGCUGCCCUGCACCGCGCAGGGGGGCCCUGCUGGAUGUUUUAACAGGACUGGCUGCUCUGCUCUCUUCUCCCUUCCUAUGCCAGGCUGUCUGGGCAGGAACUGUCCCCCCUGGGGUGCCCAGUGGGGUUGAGGGGUUGUAGCCUCAGUCAAUGGCUGGGUAACGCUCAUUUCCCCCCAUGGAGACAGCCCUGGCCACAUCAGGCACAGGGGGGACCUGUACCUGCACUCUGUGCUGUUCACACUAUGUAGCAGAGCCCCCUGCCCCACAAGGCCUGGCACCAUAAUCCCUAGGCAGCCCCUGCUGUCCUCCAGGCAGGGCUCAGCUGGGGGCCAGGCCAGCCUUUCUCAAUCCCUCCCCUGAACUCGGCUGCUGGAUGUGGGGCAGGAAGAGCAGCUGUCCUGUUUCUCAUGGGAACACGGCCCCUCCGCACAGUGAUCACUGACCGCUCCACUGCCUCUGCCAAGAGCCCCCCGCCCCAAACCAGCCCUUGCCCUAAGGCAUCGCUGACCUCCAAGGGGAGCCCUGGUGGGGUGUCUCCCGUGGCUAUAGGGACCAGACCUCGGGUGUCUUCCCCAGACCAGCCCCUUCUAUUCCUGCUGAAUUCAGGGCUAGGGGGCUGGCGUGGUGUGAGGCCGGGGCCCUGGCAGCAGGCUGCUGGGGUGGGGGGCUGGCUCUCCUCAGCCCGGGCCCUUUGCCGGCAUACGCUGCCUGAGGCGCUCAGUGUAGACACUUGGACACGCUGGGAGCUGCUUCCCCUCCAGCUCUGGGUGCUGCGGGUAACUGCUGCACCUUCUGCAGCUGGCGGGCCAGGGUCUGUGGCUGCCAUCUCCCUGCACCCUGAGCGUGUGCCUGGCCCGGCUGUGGCACUCAGGAGUGGGAGCUCUGCAGGGCUUGAGCUGUCUAGCUGCUAAGUGCUGCCUCAAGAAAAAUAAAGUCCUAC